AUGCAGCUUUUGAGCCUCCUCACCGUGGUGGGCGCAUUCGCCGCUGGAAGCGCCGCCGUUAAAGGACCUCAUGCUCAAAGUAAGCGAGGCGGUCCAAAGGUGCAAGUCCUGCCUCGCCAGCUACCAGCAGAGGCUACUGGUGUACAGACUAUCAUCAGUCCGAUCGGCGCCAACAUUACCUACAAGGAGCCUGGCAAAGAGGGUGUGUGCGAAACGACUCCAGGUGUCAACUCGUACGCUGGUUUCAUCAACCUUGGCGAAGAUGUUCACAGCUUCUUCUGGUUCUUUGAGUCAAGGAGUGACCCAGCGAAUGACCCGAUCACUUUAUGGCUCAAUGGAGGUCCCGGAAGUGAUUCCUUGAUCGGUCUCUUUGAGGAACUCGGUCCUUGCAACGUUACGGAAGACCUCAUCUCUGAACUGAAUCCCUACUCAUGGACGAAUGCCUCCAACAUGAUUUUCCUAAGUCAGCCUAUCGGCGUUGGUUUCAGCUAUGGCUCAAAGGCAAGAGAACUUGUUUCCACCUUGACUACAUGUACUAACCUCGAGAAGGCACCAGGAUCCCUGGACGAGUUUUUCGGUUGGUAUGUGAAUGCCUCAUCCGCCAAUGUGACUGGUCGCUAUCCCAUUAUCAACGCGACCGCUAUAGAUACCACCGACCUCGCUGCUAUUGCUGCAUGGGAGGUUAUUCAAGGAUUCUACUCUGCACUUCCACAGCUCGAUUCCAAGGUUCAAUCUACACAAUUCAACUUGUGGACAGAAAGUUACGGUGGCCAUUAUGGCCCAGCUUUCUUCAACUACUUUUAUCAGCAAAAUGAGCUCAUCAAGAACGGUACAACAACUGGCAAGGCGCUCGACUUUGUUAACUUGGGUAUCAUAAACGGUAUCAUUGAUGAAUACAUCCAAGCUCCAUACUAUCCACUAUUCGCCAACAACAACACCUAUGGCAUUAAGGGAGUUAACGACACAGUUUUCAACUACAUGAACUUUGCCGCCCAUAUGCCCAACGGUUGUCUCGAUCAGGUCAGCUACUGCUACUAUGCCGACCAAAGUACACUGGGUGGACAAUCAGUCUGCACAGAGGCUGCAAACAUGUGCCGAGACAACGUGGAAAGCCCUUACUACUACGCCGCUGGUGAACGUGGUGUCUAUGAUAUCCGCCAUCCUUUCGACGAUCCAACCCCUCCAUCGUAUUUCGUUGACUACCUCAACUUGGAUGCCACACGAGAGGCACUCGGCGUCGACACGAACUACACAUUGUCCAACAACGACAUUUACUACGCAUUCCAACAAACCGGCGACUUCGUCUACUUCAACUUCAUCGAAGACCUCGAGCAACUCCUCAACUCCUCCUCCGUGCGAGUCACCCUCGUCUACGGCGACGCCGACUACAUCUGCAACUGGUUCGGCGGCGAGGCAGUCUCACUCGGCGCUCAAUGGACCCACAGCGCUGAGUUCAACGCCGCAGGCUACACGCCAUUCACCGUCGACGGCGUCCAAUACGGCGAGACCCGCGAGUACGGCAAUUUCUCCUUCACGCGCAUCUACGAAGCCGGCCAUGAGGUCCCCUACUACCAGCCUAUCGCCUCGCUGGAAUUUUUCCGCCGCUCCAUCACCGGCUUGGACAUCGCCACGGGCAAGAGCCCCAUCAAUGCUACUUAUGGCACUACCGGCGACGCUGAAACGACUCACACCGAAUCGUUCGUGCCGCUGCCUGCCACCAGUUCAAGUGCUUCGGCCGCUAGUACGAGCACGGGCUCUAGCCAUGCUCCCUUAAGGUUCAUGGCCCGUGAUUCCUACUAG